AUGAUAACAUGUUUUGAAGAUCUUUCCAAUGAAAUUCUUUAUGAUAUAUUCGAGUUUUUUGAUAGUUAUGAUAUUUAUGAAAUAUUUUCUAAUCUUAACAAUCGUUUUUAUUAUCUUAUUAUACAUUCAUCUUUACCACUUAAACUUAAUUUUUCUUUUUUAUCAAAAACAACUUUUCAACAUCGAUACAAUACUAUUUUAAUGUCAAAUAUACAUCGUAUUAUAUCUCUUCAAUUUUCAAAUCAUCUUCUUAUUGAUUAUUUCUUCACAUCAUUUUCUUUCGAUUCAUCUUUUAUUCGCCUUGAAAUUUUAACUUUACAUAAUACGAAAUUUGAUACUCUUAUUUCUAUUCUUACAACUCUACCAUUUUUACCACGUCUUUAUUCUCUUAUUAUAACUAUUAUUGAAAAAAUACGAUCUCCAGAUGAUAUCUAUUGUUUAAUUAUACGUUUACCUGUAUUAAAAUAUUGUAAAUUAUCAUUCGAAUUAUGGAAUCGAAAUAUUAAUUUACCAUUGAAUAAUGAUGAAUAUAGUUAUAUUGAACAUCUUAUUAUUAAUACAAAAUGUAAUCUUGAUCAAUUAAAUAAUUUUCUUAUUUAUUUACCAAAUCUUAAUCAUUUAUCAUGUGAAAUAUCAACAUUAAAUAGUAAACAAAUCAAUAUGUCUAUUAUAUCAAAAAAUUUCGUUAAACUUUGUCUUAAAUUAGAAGAUACAUCAUUUGAUGAAUUUGAAUGGUGUAUUUCAUGUUUUUCACAUCAACUUCAAUCCUUAAGUAUUUCUACUCAACGUGAUAUUGAAUUUUUAAAUGCUGAUCGAUGGGAAAAAUUAAUUUUAUGUCAAAUGCCACAUUUAUGUCGAUUUAAUUUUCGACAUCAAAUAAUUACAGAUGAAAAUAUGAUUGAUUAUUCCAGAUAUCAUUUAUUAAUCGAUAAAUUCAAAUCAUCAUUUUGGACUAAUCGACAAUGGUUUUUUACACAUCAACAUUAUAAAUUAAAAGAUUUUACUUCUUGGAUCAUAUUUUAUUCUAUACAACCAUAUAGGUACAAAAACUAA